GGGAGGUACAAGGGAGCUAACAACGGCGUUGGCCUCCGUUUCUGAACUUUUGAUUGUCUAUGUAAGGACGACAUUCAUUUUGGUCAGAUUAGCAGGGUUGUCGGGACUCCUCCAACCUCCCAGUUCAGAGCACAGGCCACAGGCAACAGGCAGCACAGCCACUCUCAGUCUCUGGGACGAGGAAGGACCGGCCAGGUUAACGGAUACCUCACAACGCGGGAAGCUAAAAAAAUACAACAGGAUCAGAGGAAGACCCCAGGAACAGUGACGUCACAGCGAUAACAUCACAAUGGUCAAGCACUCCUUCUACAUCGGCGACUUUGUCGUUUUUGGGCUGACCAUUCUGGUGUCUAUCGGGAUUGGCAUCUUCUAUGCCUUGUCUGGGGGAAGACAGAAGACCACGUCAGAGUACCUGGUGGGAGGGCGGUCCAUGAAGUUCCUCCCUGUGGCCAUCUCUCUACUGGUCAGUUUCGAGUCGUCCAUCAUGAUGCUGGGACUGCCGGCCGAGGGAUAUGUCUACGGGAUACAGUACGUCAUGGGCAGUGCAGGUUUCUUCAUCUCUCAACUUCUGUCCGUGUUCAUCAUGGUGCCACUGCUACACCCGCUCAGGAUCACCAGUGCUUAUGAGUACUUAGAAUACCGGUUCAAUUCCCGCGCUGUGAGGCUUCUGGGGACCUUUCUGGGCAUGCUGGGAUAUAUAUGGUACAUGGGCAUUGUCCUAUUCGGACCCGCUGUUGCCCUCGAAGCAGUGACUGGCUUCCCUCUAUGGAGUUCUAUCUUCGUCAUCUCAUUGGUGUCCGUAAUUUAUACAUCUAUCGGUGCUGUUGUUCGUGGCCCCCACGUUCUUCGUCACGCUCUCUAUCGCUGUCUACGAGGGAAUCGUGGCCUAUUCGUACUACCAGACCAAAAGAUGUGACCCCUUUGAGGCUAAACAGAUCGAAGACCCAAACCAGAUCGUUCCCUUCAUUGUGAUGGAUAUCUUCAAAAAUCUGCCAGGCAUGCCGGGUCUGUUCCUGGCUUCUCUCUUCAGUGCUUCCUUGAGCACCUUGUCCUCCGGCCUCAGCAGUCUCUCCGCCCUACUGUGGGCCGACAUCGUACAUCCGCUGGUGGGAGACAUCUCAGAGGUCAAGGCCACCAUCAUUGCCAAGGUCUCAGAUCACAGGCAGUCUGCUCGCGGCUUUUGCCGGUCCCCUCUCUGGGAUCUUUAUGCUCGGAUGUUUCUUCCCGCGCGCUAACGCCAAGGGAACGUUGGCAGGGGGGUUCGUGAGUCUGAUAUUCUCCAGCUGGAUCUCCAUGGGGCAAAGUUUCUCCAAAAAGAAAAAGGUCACGCCCUGGUUACCUCCCGCUUCCACCGACUUCUGCCCUGUAGAGGGCGCUGUGUCCAACAUGACCACAACAUGGCUGACCAGUAACAUGACCUCCCAGGCUACCGUCUACGGCGCCAGCUCUCUGGCCUGGGUCGCCACGACCGCACAAAAUGUCAUGACGUCAUCGCCUGUACCGGAAGACGGACUGGAAGGCAUUGAGAAGAUCUACAAUCUCUCCUACCAGUGGCUGGGUGUUGUUGGCAUCUUUACGACUCUCUUGGUGGGCAUGAUCGUCAGCUUUCUUACAGGAAUGAACAAGCCCGGAGACGUGGACCCACGCUACCUGAUUCCAAUUUCGGACAUCCUCUUCAUCUGUUUCCCGAAGUCUUUCAAGAAUAAAAUGGCUAGUUUCGGACCUCAGUUCAUGAAGGAGGAAUACAAGAAAAAGUUCCCGGACCCGGCCAAGAAAAAUUACAUAGCCGACUUGGAGAUCGUCAUCAAUAACGUUCUGGACGAGGAAGAACUAGACGAUAUACAGGCUUCUGACGUCACGAAUGUCAAAGUGGACGAUUCGGCGAAGAAUGUGGAGGGUUCGGAAGAAGUUGGCGGAACCAAUGGGAAGGUCACUUCUGUGAGCGUGCAGUGAAAAUGUGGAUGGUGGAGUCGUAGAACAACGAAGACAGUGCGUGGCGUUGUCGCAGUAUAUUUGGUUGCUUUUAGCGACAAGCGGGCUGACCCAGAUUCCGGGGGUUUCCAGAAAUCUUGAUCUA